CCUUAUUUCAGAUAACUGUAUAUGAAUUCAACAUGGAAGAAGAUACAACUUCCAAAAAUAAUAGCAAACCUUUGGAUAAUCUUGACCAUUGUGAUUCUGGAGGCAGUAGAAAUGAAUUAGAAUUUGAACAAAAGGAAUCAAUGGAUCAAACUAGCAAGAUAAUCCCGUCUGAUACGCGAUCGUCAGGUAAUCAGGUUACUGACUGCAACAUGCAUUUGUUAGCAAAUGCUGCUGACCACUUUCUGCAUCAGUCUCCUAGUCACCAGUUGGAAAACAAUGAUGAAAGCACCAGGAAAAUUACUGCUGAGCCAAGUCAUCCAAGAGAUUCUAAUUAUUCUCAUCAAACCAAUGUUCGAUGUCAUCUCCCUAAUAAGCCAGUUUUAUCUCUUAAUCCUAAUAAUCUAGCAGACUCAACAGUACAAGAUUUAAAUCUUGUUUCUGGUAGUUCAAGACCAUUGAAUUAUCCUUCUAGUAAUUUAAGUAACAGCCAAACUGUUGUAUCUGCUAGUACAGCGAGCAGUCCCCUGAGUUCAGUUAAUACUGUCAGCAGUUCAGUAUCUAUAUCUAACAAUCAACAGUGUUUAAACUCUGAGCCAGUGUUAUCAGGAAACCUAGAAAGACACUCUGAUUUAUUGCUUCCUCCAACUCCUCUUGUUAGUACUCAUCUGAGUUCUAAUAGUUCCCUACAACAAUCUUCAGUUGCAUUACAACCAGAUAACAACCCUACUGAAAUGUCUCCAUACAUAACUCAAACACCAGUUGUAACAGCAUCUGCAGAUGACGUCUUAAUUGCUGGUAAUAGUAAUUUGAUAAUUCAAAGGACUUCUGAAGCUGUUCCUACUUCUAGUGCUUACUGUCCCCCUCAGGUUCAUCCAGUGGCUCAACCUCCCAUAUUGAGUUCAAUUAAUCCAGCUUCAGAUAAUGGCACGAAUAAACUAAAGAGUCCUGUAUCGACCAUUCCUUCAGAUGGAAAUGGUGUUAAUUCACAAAAUACUUUACAGCAGCAUAAGGAUUUAUCCAGUUCAUCCUCCAAACCCUUUCAAGCUACUUCUGUUUCAACCUUCCCCGCUACUACUCUUUCUCCAUCCAGUGUAUACGUAUCAAAUAACCAUACUAAUAAUAAUAAUGCAAGACAGAAUCUUACAAGUUUAACCAUUAAUCCAGAAUCUCUAGAGAUACCUUCUGUAUCCAGUAGUUCUGUAAUGUCCAACUUCAAUAACCUGAAGCCAGAACAAAGUGAUGCAGCUAUCGAAAGCAGUUUUUUCAAAGAAUCUUCAAAUUCAGACUCUUUGCACACUACUUCUGCAUCUACUCAUAAUGAACUCAUUGCAGAGCUGAGCAGCAAAGAAUCUACAGUGAUACCAACAAGCAGCUCAGUCUAUAGUACAAGCAGUUCUGGAGGAACAUCUCAUGAUAAUUUAUGCCCCAGUGAUAGUAAAUCUAUUUCCGAAAGAAAAGACACCAUUCUUGAAUCUAGUAAUUCAAUUUUGUCUUGUAAUAAAGAUGCCAUGUUAUCCAAAUCAAAUGUUGCCCCAGCUCAGUCACAUGAUUUGACAUCAGACAGUAACAGAACAUUGUCAGUAGAAAGAGCCAUGGUUGGGUCUACGUCAGGAGAGAAGGACACUGCUUUAGCUGGGGAUAACACUCUCUCGUUUUCUUUUACUGCUCAUGUAAAUUCACCAUCUACCACCAACGUAGAAUCUAUUUCUCAGGAUACUGCUACUGUACCUGCAACAAGUGAAACAGUAAUAUCAACGCCAAUUAAAAUGGCAGAGUCAUCUUCAGGUGUAGGAAAAGCAUCAGAACCAGACUCUAAAGUCACUUCCUUAUUGAAUGAAAAUGUUACAUCUGCAUCUGGACAACCAUUUGUAAUAACUCAUGAAACCAACUCACUUUUCCCAUCCGGUUGCAAUGAGACUUCAACAUCAAGAGAUGAGAAGACAUCUAAUGCUACAAUAACAACAGUUUCUGCUGGAAAUGUAUCUUCUUCAUCUGGAAGCAAGAUAAUUGAAGAAAGUUCAAUAUGUGAGGAAGACACCACUGCAUCAACUGCAACGGUCUCUUUGUCAUCAUCUACUGGUCAAUCCACCCCAGCAGCUUAUGAUAAAAUGGCUUCAAUAGACAAUGAUUUAGGUGUUGGUCUUUCUAAUCCUAAACUUGAUUCUAACAAAUCUGCACUUGAGCUUACACCAAAUAACGCUCAAGACUCAUUUCCUUCAACUUCUGAAGCAGCAUGUUUGGAUACUAAUGUUACCCAUGCUGAAGAAAAUGUCACUUCUCAACACAUUCGUCAUUCACCUGCUGAAUUAAACAAUAAUAUUGAACCCAGAAAAAUUAAUAAUGAAUCUAAAAAUAAUUUGUUGUUGAGUAGCAGUACUGAUGCUGGCAAUGCAUCUCCUGAUGUUGACUGCCAGAACUCAUCUGCGUCUGACAAGCGUUAUGAAGCAGUUCAAAAUACAACAGUCAGUGCGAGUGCUUCGAAUAGUUUGCUUGAAUCUGAUAAAAACCAAGGAAUUUCUACCAGUGACCAAAAUGAUGGGAAUGAUCAGAAUACGGAUAAACACUUCUCUGUAGAUAAUGUAAAUAGCCCAGUGAAUGCUGUUAGCUCAAGUAAUUCUGUUGAUCAGAAAACAACUGCGAAAACACAUCCAAAUAAUACAGAAAGUAACACUUGCAGUUCUACAAUGACAAAUCUAGAUCAACAAACAAACGAUGAUGAUAACGAUAUGGUUCAGUCACAGAUUAUUUUAAUAAAAGAAAACAUAAAAGUUGAAACUUCUGAUGGUUCUUCAGUAAAUGUGGUUAAUGAUGGGACAUCAGAACCAGCAGAGAAGACUGAUGAGUGUAUGAUGGAAGUUGAUAUGGAAACAAGUCGCCCAGUUGAAAAUAAUGAAGAACAUGGACAAAUCAAGCGAGAAUUAACUGCUGAAAACAUUACCGCAAUCACCGACACUUCUUCGCCCUUACCAAGCGAGGAAUCUGAUAAUAAAACCACAAGUGUUGAAAGUAAAAAUAGUAAUACUGAUGAUAAACAAGAGUCCUCCAGUGUAGCACAAACUAACUGGAAUUCUCCCAUUGGUGCUGUCAAUUAUACUUUGGCUGAACCAAGGCGAUCUCAAAGACAACCAAAAGUUAAGUUCAAUGUUCUUGAUCUCAUUGGUUUAGGUCCAGAUGUAGACAUACAAAACAAACCAGCUAAAACAUUGAGUAAACGAAUUUCAAAUGCAGAUUCUUCUGAAGAUAUUGGUAACGAAGAAACAUUAAUGCUGGCAUCAAACAUUUCAGCAUCAUUUGUGCAAACGUCACCCACAGCUUCAAAGAAAUAUAAAGAAGCUGACGCAGAGAAAAUAUAUGCACCUUUUGAACAAGGCUGGAGAAGAGAAGUUGUUAUUCGUUCAGUGUAUAAAGAAUUCACCAAGUCAGGCAAACCAAAGACAGCACCAGCAGAUAUUUACUAUUAUACUCCCGAUAACAAGAAACUGCGAUCAAUGGUACAAAUUGUUAAUUACUUAGAAGGAAAAGACACUAACUUGACAGUUGAAAACUUCAACUUUCUCCGCCGAUCUAUUUAUAAACCGCCGUUUGAGAUGGUGCGUACUGCUGGCAGCCACGGAGUCCGGCACAGAAACCCAGACGGUGAAUUUUUAUUUGAUAAGAAAACUAGUAAGAAAAUUCGAAAAGAAUCUUAUGGAAGUAAUGAUUCCAUGACUAUUGAAGACGAUUCAGAUGUGCAGCUUAUAGAACGUCCUCCGUACAAGAAAUUGUCACUGUCAGGUGGUAAAACAAACAACAAAUUCUCCAAAUUGAAAUCCAAAUCAAGUCCUGCAAAACGUCAAGCGGAGAAUAGUAAUUCCAGUGAGGUAACUCCAAAGCGAAUAAAAUCUGUUGCUCGGAAAAGUACAACUCUAAUUUCUAAAUCAAUGUUAGUUAAUAUGAACAAAAGAAAUGCUUUUCAACCAUGUUCCCUCAACUGUCCAGGCCUUACAGGCAUUCCUCCUCAACUGCAUUGUGAUAUAUGCAUGUGUCUAUUUCAUAAUUCAUGUGUAAACCUGAAAGAAGAUGAUGUUCCCCAAAAUUUCAAAUGCAAAAACUGUGAAAUGGAUCUUGGUGAUUGGAUUCCCCCAGUUGAGACCACUGCAUCUAAUAGUUUGUCUGGUAAUAGAACAUCCAAGACACAUCAUUCUUCAUGGAAUAAUGAAAAGGGAAGAAAAUCUACCAUGCCAUCUGUGAUUCAGAUUUCUAAAGAUACAAACUUUUUAUCUCAAGCAUCCAAAUCUGAUUCUCAACUGUUAAAAAGUGCUUCAAAUGGAUCCCCUAGAUAUGUUGUCAUGAACAUUGUAAAAUCCAGCGAUUCCUUAUCGUCUGACCCUUCACAAUCUUAUCAUAUAAAAGACUUGCAAUCUACUUCAGACAUCCCAGAUUGCAAGUCUCAAAUCCAAGCUUCACUCAAUACAUUGCAAGCGUCCGUAAGUCCUCGUUUGAAAUCAAAUAAAUCUAAUAACUCAUUAAACGCAUCAAAGACUCUGUCUCACUCUUCACCACCUUUACCUCAUCCAGUUCCUUCUUCAGUGUUGAAAGACACCAGCAGUAUUUCUGAAACUACAGCACCCAACACUUUCACAGUUACAAACACUCCCUCUACAAGUGCUUCUCUCAAUACACUCAUUCAAACCACAAAAGACUUGAAUGUUACUACCUCAUCAUCAUCAUCACCAUCUGAUUGUCCUGUAAAUGUUUCAUCCCCUAAAUCCCUUACUUCCACUCACUCACAACCUAAUAUAUCAUCAGCCAACAUUAAACUGGAAGUUCCAUCUUCAUCUCCGAGUAGUUCUAGUAAUGUCAGUGAUAGUGAAGCUGGCAAAGACAAUUACCCACGCUCGGGCCAGCUUCUUACAUUACCAUUAGCAGUAGCAAAGCGUUUAGAUUCCUCCCUUCCUCUUGCAUUACGCAUUAAUAACAUGCAACUCUUUAUCCCCCCAUCUCGUUGCAUAAACACCCCUGAAGGGUUAAAGGUUUUUCUGCCCCCCAAGACAUUUUCUGUACCUAGUGGCUCCACAACCACAAUGAAUAUAACCUUUUCAUCGGGUACUGUGUCUGGUGAUAGUACCAAAGAUUACUCUGUGUCUCUCUCGGAGAAGAACAAAGGAAGCGAAAGCAAUCAAGCUGUAGAUAAAAGUAAAACCUUGGAAUCUGCAAAAACAAUCAGCAAAAUUCAAAAAUGCAGAAACAAAUUCAACAACUACCUGUGUCCUUUCAAAAAAUUAUAUUCUGGCUACUCUAGUAUGCUGCAGAUAUUUCACUAUUUAAGUGCAGGAGAUCUUGUCAGAUGCUCAUUGGUAUGUAAAUCAUGGCACCAACUUGCGACUCAGCCUUCUCUGUGGAAAGCCAUUCAUUUGAAUAAUACAAGAAUUUCUAAUUGGACUUUGGCUACAAAAUAUUUUAACAAAUAUACUGUUGAAGAAUUAAGUCUACGAGGAAUGAAGUUAGGAGAUGAUUGGAAUCGCAUUUGGCACCAACUAACUCCUGUUCUAGAUCAACUGACAACACUAAAACGAAUCUACUUUGAUCAAGUACCUGCUCUUAUGUUGUAUACAGUCUGUGAGAAGCUCCCCAAUUUGCAAGAGUUGACUGCUAAAAGAAUAAGUGAUAUCAGCAAUGAACAACAAUGGACAACACCAACCAAGAUUGAUUUGACCAAAUUUUGUAAUGUAAAAAUGUUGAAGAAACUACAGCUACGUGGCACGGGAGGUUUAGUUGCUUCUUUCCCAUCUGGGAUCUUUGAAUUGAUUAAAUUAAAGCAACUUCGGCAUCUUUCUAUUACAUCUUUGAAAGCCAGUGAUCACGACUUUGAUUACUUAGGAGAACUCCGUAACUUGAAAGUAUUAGAGUUGGGGGAAUGUAUCAACUGGACAUCUGAGACAUAUUUCCAGUUAGGUAAACUUGUGAAUCUUGAAAGACUUCAUCUUGAACUUGGUGGUAAUUUAAAUGAUGUCAGCUUGGCAAAGGCAUUGGGCAACUUAAAAUGUUUAAGAGAACUUGAACUAAUGCUCUUUGUCAUAUCUGACAAAUUGCACACUAAACUUAGUCCACUGACUAAUCUUUCAAAAUUGGUGAUUUGGCCGGACACAACUCAUCAGCCUGCCGUGAUAAACAGCAACACAUUUGCCUUGGUGACAAAACUUGUAAAUCUGAAGUUUCUGGAAUGGGGUAUUGUCCGAAAUAAGAUCUGUGAAACACAAAAUUUGACUGACACUGAAAUGAAUGCAUUUGAAAACGUCUCUCAAAGUAACAUGGAAUUAAUUCCUUUUCUCUCAUUAGAUGAUCAAAAUUUUUCCAACAAGACCAACUUGUCAAAUGACAUAAGCAUAAGGCAAUUAAAUGACAAACUAAAAGCCAUGCUACCAAAAACCAAAAUAUCCUUAUUACAAAGUUCAGAUGUUCUCGCUUCUGUAAACAAGUGAAAAUAAGUUAUUUCUGGUGAUGUAAAAGCAAUUAAGCCUUUGGACUUGUAUGAAUUAUUUUCAACUUGAUACCAUUGUAAUCAUGAUCUUCUGCAUUUCUUCAUAUUUUCAUUAAUGCUGGUCUAAAAGCUCUUCAAGUGAAACCAAACCAGUAGAUUACUGAAGAAGAACAACUAGAAAAACAUAAUUGAGAUAAACAAGAAUAAAUCAUCUCUGCAUACCAACUGACUGACUAUUGUUUUUCUGCUGUUUCUACCUACACAACACUAGUACACUCACUGCCUGUUGCACUCUUGACUUGUUUUGCAAUGUUGAUCAUUAUUUAGCUACAUCUUAUCAAGAUAUGCUGACCAUAUACUGAGUGUAAGCCUUCCCCUUUUGAUGUUCUGUUGCUGUUUUUUCCAACACCAAGAAAGGGGCAUCAUAUGUACCCAUUAAGAGUAGAUGCAAGUUCUUCCAGUAUGCUGUCAUUUGUGCUCUUUUCCUGCAAGCAGAUACAUAACAUCUUUCUCCACAACUCAACAGAUUACAUUUUGCAUCUUUCUCAUGUAUUAAAUGUCCAGGCAUGCACCUCUAUAUAAGUUAUUCCAUAGUUUUUGUUUUCAGACUCUAGGAAUUUUCUUUUUUGUUAUAAGUGUACAAGCAGAAAUAUCUAUUAAACAGUUUCUAUUAUUGGUUUUAGUGGAACCUAAUCAUUUGAAAUGAGAAUAUUCUUGUUUAUUUGAUUCUCACGAGGGAGUUUGAUGUAUUACUGGCUUGACAUUUAUUUUCAUAGAAUUGGCAGCUACUAAUCGCAAACAAUGUUCACUAUGUCUGCAAAAUCAUUUCUCAACAUUCUGGCUGAUUAGUGCAGUGUCAUUUACCUAAUGAAUAUCAUCCUUUAGGUUUAUUGUCUGAAAGUCUUAUCAACAUAAUAUCAACAUCAUAUAGAGGUUCCUGAUCUAAAUAUUGAGAAGGGAAGGUGAUGUGGUCUACCUUUGUUUAAUUCCUUUUAAUAUUGACAAUUCAACAGUAUUGGUACCAUAUCUUUGCAUGAUAUCUUUCUGGUACAAAUACAAUAGUUGGAACAGUGAGGUAUGUAUUAGAAAGCCCAUUUUACUUAUAUCAAGCAACUGUGUGUGAGACUAACAUAACAGAUACUUUAUGAUAGUUUAAGAAGGCGAACAAUGUUUUAGAUUGUUUCAGUCACCUUCCCAAGAAGACAUUGUAUAGCAUAUACCUGCAGUACCUGUACCAAAUCAAAUCCAGUUUCUUUUAAGGAAUCUUGAGAUAAUUUUUUUUAUGCAUUCUGGUGAACAGAAUUACAAACCCACGAUCUAAAAUGUUAGACUUACAAGCCUCACUUCAAUGUUCAUGAUAUAAUAUACAGUACAUAUAAGCUGCUUCCCUAUAAAACAGAAACAAUUCAGCAGUUAUCCAUGUUUGAUUUGCUUCAGGGAUUAAUAGAAAUACCAUCUUAAUUAAGGACACUGCUUGUAAAUAUGGUAUAAGUAUUGGUUUGCUGAAGAGUGUUUCACUCUUUCCAAUAUUUCUGUUUAUUGCUAAUGAGUAAAUGUUUUGCUUUGGGGGAAGAAAGAAAUCUGGAAAUAUUUCAAAUGUUUAAGCAUUUCUUUAGCUUUGCAAACAAAUGAAUUCAUCAAACCAUUGACAUUAUAUCUUUAGCCAUACAUGUUUAUCAUUUGGAGUUUAGUUAUUUAGUUCGGUGAUUGCUUAUGCUGUUGUUUAUUGAAACAUUUUAACUCUUCACUGAUCCAUGAUUUUCAAAAGAUUUUUUUUUCUUCUUUACUAUCAUCCCAACUGUUUACUCAAAAGCUUCUUUGAAAGCAUCAAGAAUGACUGCUCGAAUGUUCACUGGGGGUGUAUUUCUUAAACUACAUUUUCUAAUAGGGUUCGAAAACAAUUCUUCAUUGCAAUGUUGUUUUUGCUCCCUGAUAGUAUUCUUUUCCCCCUGAGUUGUUUCAUGUCAUGCCUGAGGAGCUUGUUUGUAUUGAUUUUGAUUAUGUAUCUGUUGUAAGAAGUAGCAACAAGUGAUCCCAUAUACUAAAGACUUUAUUCAACGAACGACACUCGCAACUCAACGUUCUGCUUAAGUAAGAGAGUGGACUCGCCGACUACACAACACAUCAACUUUUAAAGGAACAUUAAAUCACUGCAUUCACCCUCCUUUAAAAAAUAAAAUAAAGGAAAAGAAAAACAAUGAAAUAUGAAAUUGUAAAAUUAGUAAAAGUUAACAGCAAUUGUAUAACUUUAAUCUGGAAUUAGAUUUUAUGAUUAUACAAUUUAACAUAAUAAUAAUAAAGUCACAAAUCAAGUAUU